AUGAGUAACAUUCCCCACUCUGUAACUUCUGUAGCAAAUCAGAAAUUUCUGAGUUAUGACAUUAAAUGGACAGCACCAAAGGCUGAAGGUUCUUUUACUGAUGCUCAUGGUGAAAUUAUUAUUUCUGAUGAAGCUAUUACAAUCAGCUCUUCUUCAAGUACUUUUGAUCUUCUGACAAAAAUUGAAAUAGCUUAUUCCAAUUUACUCUAUUCAGAAAACAAUAGUUCAGAUUUCAACCUUGCUUUCACUCCAGAUAUCAGGAGUGUUGACGCUGACUUACGUUUGCGAGGUUUUGAUAUUCUUGGCUUAUUUCCUUUUGCUCCCAUUGGCUCUUCAAAGCCCAUGCAUAUGAAACUGACAGGCAGGACAAAGUUUGAAGGACAUGUAGUAAAAUCUUUAGAACGAUCAGUGAAUGAGAAAGUUGCAUGGCAAGAUGACUGUGUUGGGAUGAAAGCAUCAGGACUUGUUGGAGAGGUACAUUUAUCAGGAAUAAAAUUAAAUCAGCUGCUAGUAGCACCACAAUUGACAGGUCAUUGGAUAUUUCCCCCCAAAGUUUUAAGUUAGAUGCUACAGGAAGACCUGAUGAGAAUUUGCUAAUUGAAAUCAUUGGCGGUUUACAUCUUGCUGGCUCAGAAACUUCGCUUUAUGAUUUAGUUAAGAGAAAAGUAUCUUUAUCUCUACAAAAGGGCCAGCUUUGCACCAACAUUUUCUUCCAGCCUGGCCAUUUAGCAAGUUUAGAGUUACGUCACUUGCAACUUGAGGAAUUGGAGCUAGCUUCCUUGCGUGGAAUGGUUCAAAAGG